AUGGACCUUUCCGACGACGAGCCAGGUAAUUUAACUGAUGAUCCGACGCCUCAUGAUGAUUUCGACUUGCACUCCGUUCUCGCAAAUCUCUCUACCGAGGCUCCAUCAUUCGAAAAAUUUCUCAAAGCAUCAACAAAGUUCCAUGAUAGUCACCGUUAUCUAAUCAAUCAAUUCCUAUUGGAGCCAACGAUGAUGAGGAAGAAAAUGAACUUGCUAUUUGCGAAACACAUCUCAACUGUUGCUUGGGGUUUGCAUCCGGAAGCUUUCAUGCGUACUCAAAUCACUCCAGAACAGUCGGGAGAGCUAUCCAGAUCGCUGGUGAAGACUAUGAAUACAACUGAUGGAGCAGUGAAAAAGGACUUCCGUCCAUGGCGAUUUGUGAUUUCUACAGACGAAAAGUCGCCGACCGAGUAUGUGACUAUGACUGGAUGCACCAGAAAUUCUUCAAUUAUCAGUGAAGCCAGCAGUUUGACAAAAUCAGAACGCGCUCUAUUCCUGGCGAUCCUUGAAGAGAUGAUGUGUGAAGAUGGAACUUGUAAAAUGUCAUGGAUUCAUUCAAUCAUCCAGAAAGAGCCUCAUAAGAUCACUGGUCCAAAAUGUGACGAAUUCAUGACUCGAAUGGCCAGACAGAAGUAUAUUACACUUUUCGAUUCGGAUAUUGUAGAGAUCGCCCCGAGAACCAUCGUUGAGUUGGAGCCCUGGCUUCGUGCAACGAUGCCAGGAAGCCUUAAAAUAUGUGAAUUCUGUAGAAGAAUAAUUUCAAGACCCAUCUACACUGCGGAAUGCGGAAAAUGUCACUCGCUUUCUCAUUUCAAUUGCUUCAAAAAUGCCACCAUCCUAUCCAAACAGGACCGCAUGGAAUGCAGUAAAUGUAACGAAACCCUCACACUGGACGAGGUUAAUGACCAAAUUGUGAUCAAACGAACGAGUGGAGUGGCUCGUGUCCCAAUUCUGAAUUUCCGACAAUCCACAUCGACACGAGCGGCAUCGGUCGAUAGUACAGAUGAUGACGAUGUGGUUGCGAAAAUUGAAGUGGAUUCAGAUGAUGAGCCUGGUCCCUCGAGAAAGGCUCCGAAGGCGAAAAAACCACAGGCCAGGCCCUCAAAACGGGCAAUUAUCUCGAGUGACAGUGACUCGAAUUGA